UAGAAGAACAUAGAAAUUUAGAACUAUACAGUAAUACGGUAACUGACGGUAACAACUGGUAACAACUGUUCAGUGCUGUUGAGUCCGAGUGGUCGUUGUAUUAUGAACACGUAUUUUACGAUGUAAUACAAUCUUGUACAUUAUUCAAAAGACAUAAAUUGUUACGUAAAUUAAAAACAAUGAUACGAAUGUCGACGAUAAUGGCUAGUAGUGUAUUAAUGAUACGAAAUGUAAGCGCCCACGAUCACUUAAUAUUAAACGGACCUUACAUUCAAUGUGUAAGAUGGAAGAGAAAGCCGAUGUGGUUACCUAUAGCAAAAACAAAAUUGUUUAGAAUUCCGGUAAAACCAGUCAUACCUACGGAAGAAGUAGAAGAACUUAAACAUGUAAACUAUCAUUACAAAACGUAUAUGAGAUCUCUGCGGCAUUAUUUCAUUACGAGGGAAGAAGCCAAUAAGGUAGAAUUCGAUCCUGUUUCUGUAAAAAAAAUGGCAGAUGAAGAGUUUCUGAAAUGUAGCAAAAUAAACGAAGAAUGGAACGCACAAAUAUCCGUCGAACGAGAACAGAGGCUAGCGCAAAGUAGAGAAGCACGCGUAAAAGAAAUUAUAGAAAAAUUAGCCGCGAAAAAGGAAAGAGACUUGAUCACUCAAGCUACAGUAGAUGCAGAAAUCAAAAAGGCGAAAGAAGAAGUUAAAACAUUUAUUACACUUGAUAAUAUAGAUGAAGCAAUUGAAAAUGCAUUGAAAACUGUUAUAGAUCACAAUGCUGCGAUUAAUCUUGAUGGGAGCUUUUAUACGGGAAAUCAUGAAAAAACUAGAGAAAAUGUUGAUAGUACUAUGUAAAUUAUAUAAUAAAUUACCUACAUAUUAAGUAGCAUUUUCUUUUUUAAUAAACAGAAAUUUAUCGCA